AUGCACUUCUCCAACUCUAUGCUGCUGAUGACCGCGCUGACCGCUGGGUCGGCUGUCGGUCGUCUUCACGGUCACGACCGCCGUCACGCUCACCCCAAGCUCGAUGUUGAACUCGUCGACAUGGAGGUUGACGCUCCUGCCAUCACUGCCCUGCCCAAGGUGGAGGAGCGUGGUGUUGGUGCUGAGGUCAUUGCUACCAUCGACGGCCAGCUCGUCUCUUGGAUCAACGAGUGGUCUGGCGCCCAGUCCUCCGAGUCUUCCGCCGAGGCCACCACCACUGCCGCUGUCAUCGCCUCUCCCACCAGCGAGGCCACCGUCGAGGCCACUUCCGAAGCCGCUUCUACCGUCAGCGCUACCCCCGUUGCCUCCAGCUCGGCCUCCUCCGGCUCCAGCAACUGGGCCGACUACCCCUCCGACGGCGACUACACCACUACUGGAUUCGGUGCCUCCACCGCCAGCAAGCGUGUUGGCAGUCUCGACUGGGACUACAUCGGCAACGUCGGUUCCCCCUGGGGUAGCAACAUGAUCCAGGUCGACGAGUCCGCCGCCAGCGGUUACAAGCACGUCAUUCGCUUCGAGAACGACAACUCCAAGGCCUGGACCGUCGUCAUGUGGAACUCGUACGGCCCCAGCGGUGGCCUGAACGGUUUCUGGUCCCCCAACUCUGCUCUCAGCUUCACCGUCGAGCCCAACCACAGCAUCUUCGUCGCCAUCGAUGACGACUCCCAGGGUGGAUGGGGUGCCUCCGAGGGCGAGGGUCUGGCUACCAACUACGUGGGCGAGUACGCCUCCACCUGGGGUGAGUUCGACAUGAGCAACUCCCAGAACGAUGGAUACUCCGGCUGGGACGUUUCCUGCAUUAUUGCCCAGCUCGCCAACCUCGAGAUCGCCGGUAUGCAAAUUUGCAACCACCUCGGUGAGAAGUGCUCUUCCAUCACCCAGGGUGCCGGUGCCACCGUCAGCGCCUACACCUCCGCCGACCAGGGCAAGACCGACAAGGCUGUUGCCCAGUCCGCCGGCCCCGUCCGUCUCGUCGUCAACCUCGGCUGGAGCUCUUAA